AUUAAAUUCACAUUUUUCAGGCGAGAGAUCAGAUGGCGACGAUUCGAUGGGCUUCAACAUUCAGACAUCUCACCACCGUCGCCAUAGUACUAACAACAAUUUUACUAUGGGGAUCGAAGACGGCAAACGGGCUGCGGUUCGUGAUCGACAGAGAAGAAUGCUUCGCUCACAACGUCGACCAGGCGGAUACGAUCCACGUCUCAUUCGUCGUCAUCAAAUCUGAUUCCGUCUGGGAUUACACCCAGGAGGGCGUUGAUUUCAAUAUAACAGCACCACCUGGAAUUGUCGUCCACGAAAUGAAAGACAAGACAAGUGAGAAGUAUGAGUUUGUGGUUUACUACACAGGGGUUUACCGUUUCUGUUUCACCAACAAGUCUCCUUAUCAUGAAACCAUUGAUUUCGACGUCCAUGUCUCUCACUUCACUUUCCAUGACGAACAUGCCAGAAAUGAGCAUUUCUGGCCGUUGAUGGAGGAGAUAACCAAACUCGAGGAGGCGCUCUACAACAUUCAGUUUGAACAACACUGGCUUGAGGCCGAAACAGAACGCCAAGCAAGAGUGAACAAUGACUUGAACCGAAGAGCAACUCAUAAGGCGAUGUUCGAAUCAGUUGCACUUGUUGGAUCGAGUUGCCUACAAUUUUAUCUUUUGCGGCGCUUGUUCGAAAGGAAGUUCGGUUACUGUAGAGUUUAGUCCUCCAUAUAGAGAUUUGUUGUAGUGUUCACCUCUUCAGUAGCUUUGCUUACUGUGGCUGCAAUGUACUUCGAUCCUUUUCGUUGUUAUAAGAGGAACAAUCUAGUCCGACUCGAUCUAGACGUUUAAAGUCGAUCCAGUUUCGAUUUAGCCAAUUGAUACCCGGCCCUAGAAU